AUGAUAUACUUUGAAGACUGAACACAAACAAAAACAAAACAAAAUCUCUUAUCACACACACACCACCACUAUCUCCAAUGGAGAGCAUUGGCAGCCACCAUUGUUGCAGCUCUCCUUUCACCUUCACCACUAGAAACUCAUCAACACUUCCUAAACUCGUUAACUUCACUCGCAGAGUUCAUCUCACCCACCAAUCUCACCGACUCAGAAACUCCUCUUCCAGAGAGGAACAACGGAAGAAGAAAGAUGGGUCUGGAACGAAGGUGAAGUUGAAUGUGAGGUUAGAUCAUCAAGUUCAGUUUGGUGAACAUGUGGCUAUGUUUGGAUCAGCUAAAGAGAUUGGUUCGUGGAAAAAGAAAUCGCCUUUGAAUUGGACUGACAAGGGAUGGGUUUGUGAGAUUGAGCUUGACGGUGGUCAAGUUUUAGAGUAUAAGUUCGUCAUUGUUAAGAAUGAUGGGUCACUCUCUUGGGAAUCUGGUGAUAACCGUGUCCUUAAGCUUCCAAAUUCUGGGAAUUUCUCAGUUGUUUGUCAUUGGGAUGCUACAAGAGAAACCCUUGAUUUGCCUCAGGAGGUUGGUAAUGAUGAUGGUGGUGGUGGUGGGGACGAGAGGGAUAAUCAUGAGGUUAGUGAUGAGAGAGUAGUGGGAAGUGAAAAUGGUGGGCAGCUUCAGAAAAGUACAUUGGGUGGGCAGUGGCAAGGUAAAGAUGCGUCCUUUAUGCGUUCUAAUGACCAUGGUAAUAGAGAAGUUGGAAGGAAUUGGGAUACUACUGGUCUUGAAGGCACAGCUCUUAGGAUGGUUGAAGGUGAUCGUAACUCUAGGAAUUGGUGGAGAAAGCUUGAAAUGGUUCGCGAGGUUAUAGUUGGGAGUGUUGAGAGGGAGGAACGAUUGAAGGCGCUCAUAUACUCUGCAAUUUAUUUGAAGUGGAUAAACACAGGUCAGAUUCCUUGCUUUGAAGAUGGAGGGCAUCACCGUCCAAACCGGCAUGCCGAGAUUUCCAGGCUUAUAUUCCGGGAGUUGGAGCACAUUUGCAGUAAGAAAGAUGCUACGGCUGAGGAAGUGCUUGUUGCUCGAAAAAUCCAUCCGUGUUUGCCUUCUUUCAAAGCAGAGUUUACUGCAGCUGUCCCUCUAACUCGAAUUAGGGACAUAGCCCAUCGCAAUGAUAUUCCUCAUGAUCUCAAGCAAGAAAUCAAGCAUACCAUACAAAAUAAGCUUCACCGGAAUGCGGGUCCAGAAGAUCUAAUUGCAACAGAGGCGAUGCUUCAAAGAAUUACCGAGACCCCAGGAAAAUACAGUGGAGAUUUUGUUGAGCAAUUCAAAAUAUUCCAUAAUGAGCUAAAGGAUUUCUUUAAUGCUGGAAGCCUCACUGAACAACUUGAUUCUAUGAAAAUUUCUAUGGAUGAUAGAUGUCUUUCUGCUCUCAAUUUGUUUUUUGAAUGUAAAAAGCGCCUUGACACAUCAGGAGAAUCAAACAAUGUUUUGGAGUUGAUUAAAACCAUGCAUUCUCUGGCUUCUCUAAGAGAAUUAAUUAUAAAGGAACUUAAUAGCGGUUUGCGUAAUGAUGCUCCUGAUACUGCCAUUGCAAUGCGCCAAAAGUGGCGCCUUUGUGAGAUCGGCCUCGAAGACUACUUUUUUGUUCUACUAAGCAGAUUCCUCAAUGCGCUUGAAACUAUGGGAGGAGCUGAUCAACUGGCAAAAGAUGUUGCAUCAAGAAAGGUUGCCUCGUGGAAUGAUCCACUAGAUGCUUUGGUGUUGGGUGUUCACCAAGUAGGUCUCUCUGGUUGGAAGCAAGAAGAAUGUUUAGCCAUUGGAAAUGAACUCCUUGCUUGGCGAGAGAGAGACCUACUUGAAAAAGAAGGGGGAGAGGAUGGAAAUACCAUUUGGGCCAUGAGGCUGAAAGCAACACUUGAUCGAGCACGCAGAUUAACAGCAGAAUAUUCUGAUUUACUUCUUCAAAUAUUUCCUCCUAAUGUAGAGAUUUUAGGAAGAGCUCUAGGAAUUGUCGAGAGCAUUGUUCCAGGAUCAUUGCCAGCAACUUCUGGUGGUCCGAUUAUUCUCUUGGUCAACAAAGCUGAUGGCGAUGAAGAGGUAAGUGCUGCUAAUGGGAACAUAGCCGGAGUCAUGCUCCUGCAGGAACUGCCUCACUUGUCUCACCUUGGCGUUAGAGCGCGGCAGGAGAAAAUUGUCUUCUUGACAUGUGAUGACGAUGACAAGGUCGCUGAUAUACGACGACUUGUGGGAAAAUUCGUGAGGUUGGAAGCAUCUCCAAGCCAUGUGAACCUGAUACUUUCAACUGAGGAUAGGAGUCGCAUUUCCAAAUCCAGUGCGAACAAAAAAACGGAUAAGAAUAGCUUAUCUAAGAAAAAGACGGAUACGAAAAGCUUAUCUACUGAUGAUAAAGAGUCUUCCUCAUCUUCCCAUAGCCUCCUUUACUCAUCCAAGGAUAUCCCUAGUGGAGGAAUCAUAGCACUUGCUGAUGCAGAUGUACCAACCUCUGGUUCAAAAUCUGCUGCAUGUGGUCUUCUUGCAUCUUUAGCAGAAGCCUCUAGUAUUGUGCACAGCGAACAUGGAGUUCCAGCAUCAUUUAAGGUUCCAACUGGAGUUGUCAUACCUUUUGGAUCUAUGGAAUUAGCUUUAAAGCAAAGUAAUUCGGAAGAAAAGUUUGCGUCUUUGUUAGAAAAGUUAGAAACCGCCAGACCUGAGGGCGGUGAGCUUGACACCAUAUGCGAUCAGAUCCAUGAAGUGAUGAAAUCAUUGCAAGUGCCUAAAGAAACAAUCAACAGCAUAAGCAAAGCGUUUCCCAAAGACGCUCGUCUCAUUGUUCGUUCAAGCGCUAACGUCGAGGACUUAGCUGGAAUGUCAGCUGCAGGACUCUAUGAAUCAAUCCCCAACGUGAGUCCCUCAGAUCCUUUGGUGUUUUCAGGUUCGGUUUGCCAAGUUUGGGCUUCUCUCUACACAAGAAGAGCUGUACUAAGCCGUAGAGCUGCUGGUGUCACUCAAAAAGAAGCUUCAAUGGCGGUUCUUGUUCAAGAAAUGCUUUCGCCAGACCUAUCUUUUGUUUUGCACACGGUCAGUCCAGCUGAUCCAGACAGUAAUCUUGUGGAAGCCGAGAUUGCUCCUGGUUUAGGUGAGACUUUAGCUUCAGGGACAAGAGGAACACCAUGGAGACUCGCUUCGGGUAAACUCGAUGGGAUUGUGCAAACCUUAGCUUUCGCAAACUUCAGCGAAGAGCUUCUUGUGUCAGGAACAGGUCCUGCUGAUGGUAAGUACGUUCGCUUGACCGUCGACUAUAGCAAGAAGCGGUUAACCGUUGACUCAGUGUUUAGACAGCAACUUGGUCAGCGACUUGGUUCGGUUGGUUUCUUCUUGGAAAGAAACUUUGGCUGUGCACAAGACGUUGAAGGUUGUUUGGUUGGUGAAGAUGUUUACAUUGUUCAGUCAAGGCCACAACCUCUGUAGAGAGUCUUUUAUCUUCUAUAAAGCUAAUAAAACAAAAAUUGUCAGAAAUAUAAGUUUUGCAUUUGCUUCAUCACCAUAUGUGAAGGUAUGUUUAAUAAUGAUAUAAUUUUUUUUGGCUUUUGUGUCAAGCUAACAAUGAUAUACUCUCUUUGUUUCA